GCGUUGAUUCUGGCCGGGGAAGGAGGAGGAAGGUGAAGCAGACCGUGGUCCCCGCCUGCCCGUCCCCAGCCUUGAGAAGAUGAGACAGGAGUCUGUGCCAUCCAAAUUGUCUGAUCCAGUGAAACUGCAAGGAAGAAAGGUCUCUGAGGCCUCUGUCUGUUGACUGUAUGACAAACCCUAAAGGAAAUGCCAGUUGUGAUGGCCCGGGACCUGGAGGAAACAGCAUCAUCCUCAGAGGAUGAGGACCUGGUGAACCAAGAGGAUCACCCAUGUAUCAUGUGGACGGGAGGCUGCAGGAGGAUUCCAGUUUUGGUUUUUCAUGCUGAGGCUAUUUUGACAAAGGACAACAAUAUUCGAGUAAUUGGAGAGCGUUAUCAUUUGUCUUAUAAGAUUGUGAGAACGGACAGUCGCCUGGUGCGAAGCAUUCUGACAGCCCAUGGAUUUCAUGAAGUUCACCCGAGCAGCACUGACUAUAACCUGAUGUGGACAGGAUCCCACCUGAAGCCCUUCUUACUUCGAACCCUUUCUGAAGCACAGAAAGUUAACCACUUCCCCAGGUCUUAUGAACUAACCCGGAAGGACCGACUGUACAAAAACAUCAUUCGAAUGCAACACACGCAUGGAUUCAAGGCUUUCCACAUCCUCCCUCAGACCUUCCUCCUGCCAGCUGAGUACGCGGAGUUCUGUAAUUCAUAUUCAAAGGACCGGGGACCUUGGAUAGUAAAACCAGUGGCCUCUUCUAGGGGGCGGGGCGUCUACUUGAUCAACAAUCCAAACCAGAUCUCCCUGGAAGAGAACAUCUUGGUCUCGCGGUACAUUAACAAUCCCCUGCUCAUAGAUGAUUUCAAGUUUGACGUGCGCCUCUAUGUGCUCGUGACUUCCUAUGAUCCCCUUGUCAUCUAUCUCUAUGAGGAAGGAUUGGCUAGGUUUGCCACUGUGCGAUAUGAUCAAGGAUCCAAGAACAUUCGGAACCAGUUCAUGCACCUAACAAACUACAGCGUGAAUAAGAAGAGUGGAGACUAUGUGAGUUGUGAUGAUCCAGAAGUGGAGGAUUAUGGGAACAAGUGGAGCAUGAGUGCCAUGCUUAGGUACCUGAAACAAGAAGGCAAGGAUACAACUGCGCUGAUGGCCCACGUGGAAGACUUGAUCAUCAAGACGAUAAUCUCUGCUGAACUCGCCAUCGCCACUGCCUGCAAAACCUUCGUGCCACACCGCAGCAGUUGCUUUGAACUGUAUGGCUUUGACGUGCUCAUAGAUAAUACUCUGAAGCCAUGGUUGUUGGAAGUGAAUCUCUCCCCUUCUUUGGCCUGUGAUGCACCUCUGGACCUCAAAAUUAAAGCCAGUAUGAUCUCAGAUAUGUUCACUGUUGUAGGGUUUGUGUGCCAAGAUCCCGCGCAGCGGGCAUCCAACAGGUCAAUUUACCCCACCUUUGAGUCUUCCAGGCGGAACCCUUUUCAGAAACCCCAGCGCGCCCGUCCACUCUCUGCCAGCGACGCAGAAAUGAAAAACCUGGUGGCCUCCGCCCGGGAGAAGGUCCCGGGGAAGUUAGGCGGCUCUGUGCUUGGCCUGUCAAUGGAAGAGAUCAAAGUUUUGCGAAGGGUAAAGGAAGAGAAUGACCGGAGAGGAGGAUUUAUCCGCAUAUUUCCUACAUCCGAGACAUGGGAAAUAUAUGGGUCCUACCUUGAACACAAAACCUCCAUGAACUAUAUGCUGGCCACACGCCUAUUCCAGGACAGGGGAAACCCAAGAAGAAGCUUGCUGACAGGAAGAACACGAGUGAAUACCGACGGAGCACCAGAACUGAAGGUGGAGAGCAUGAACUCCAAGGCCAAGCUGCAUGCUGCUCUCUAUGAGAGGAAGCUACUGUCUCUGGAGGUGCGAAAACGUAGACGGCGGAGUGGCAGAUUGAGGGCAAUGAGGCCAAAAUACCCAGUGAUUACCCAACCAGCUGAAAUGAAUAUUAAAACUGAGACAGAAAGCGAAGAGGAGGAAGAAGUUGGACUAGACAAUGAAGAUGAAGAGCAGGAAGCCUCCCAGGAGGAGUCUGCAGGGUCUCUUGGAGAAAACCAGGCCAAGUACACGCCGUCAUUGACUGUUAUAGUAGAAAAUUCACCCAGAGAAAAUUCCAUGAAAGUUGCUGAGUGGACUAAUAAAGGUGAUCAGUGCUGCAAAAUUGAGGCUCAAGAGCCGGAGUCUAAAUUUAAUCUGAUGCAGAUUCUCCAGGAUAAUGGCAAUCUAAGCAAAGUGCAAGCCCGGUUAGCAUUCUCUGCCUAUCUUCAGCAUGUGCAAGUCCGUCUGACGAAAGACAGCGGUGGUCAGACCCUCAGUCCGAGUUGGGCUGCCAAAGAGGAUGAACAGAUGGAGCUAGUGGUUCGCUUCCUUAAGAGAGCAUCAAGUAACCUGCAGCACUCGCUAAGGAUGGUGCUACCUAGUCGGCGAUUGGCACUUCUGGAGCGCAGAAGAAUUCUUGCCCACCAGCUAAGUGACUUUAUCGUCGUGUACAACAAGGAAACAGAACAAAUGGCUGAGAAGAAAUCAAAGAAGAAACUAGAAGAGGAGGAGGAAGACGGGGUGAACGCAGAAAGCUUUCAGGAGUUCAUCCGACAAGCAAGUGAGGCUGAACUGGAGGAGGUGCUGACUUUUUAUACCCAGAAAAACAAGUCUGCCAGUGUCUUCCUGGGGACUCACUCUAAAAGUUCUAAGAGCAGCAGUAGUUAUUCUGAUAGCGGGGCAAAAGGUGAUCACCCUGAGACAAUUCAGGAAGUGAAAAUAAAGCAGCCCAAGCAGCAGCAGGCAACAGAAAUCCACGCCGAUAAAUUAUCUCGAUUUACCACUUCAGCAGGAAAAGAGGCUAAACUAGUCUAUACCAAUUGCUCUUCUUUCUCUGGUCCUGCUGCUGUUCUUCUGCAGAAACUUCCCAGCACCCAUCUGUCAUCUAUUAUUACAACCUCUGCCCUCUCGUCAGGUCCUGGCCACCAUUCUUCUUUAUCUCAGAUUUCUCCAGCUAUCCCCAGCAUGCCUCACCAGUCAGCACUCUUACUGAAUCCCGUCCCCGACACUGCUCCUCCCUCCAUUCACCCUGGGACCCAGAACGUAAGCCCCGCUGGCCUGCCACGCUGCCGAUCAGGCAGUUACACCAUGGGCCCCUUUUCCUCUUUCCAAAGUGCCGCACACAUCUAUAGCCAGAAACUGUCUCGUCCCUCUUCAGCAAAGGCAGCAGGUUCAUGUCAUCCACACAAGCAUCAUUCAGGAAUAACCAAAACACAAAAGGAGGGGGAAGAAGGUUCCUUCAACCGAAGGUACAACCCGAGUCUGGUUACGGCCGAACUCCAGCGGCUGGCGGAGAAGCAGGCAGCCAGGCAGUAUUCUCCAGCCAGUCACAUCAAUCUCCUCACCCAGCAGGUGGCAAACCUGAAUUUGGCCAGCGGUGUCAUAAACCGAAGCAGUGCUUCGACCCCGCCCACCCUCCGACCUGUCAUCAGUCCUAGUGGCCCGACGUGGUCUAUACAGUCAGACCUCCACACUCCCGAGAACCAUUCCAGCCCCCCUGGAAGCAGGAGCCUCCAGACAGGUGGCUUUGCCUGGGAGGGCGAGGUAGAGAACAAUGCCUACAGCAAGGCCACAGGAGUGGUCCCCCAGCACAAGUAUCACCCCACAGCAGGCAGCUACCAACUCCACUUCGCUCUCCAGCAACUGGAACAACAAAAACUUCAGUCCCGGCAGCUUCUGGACCAGAGUCGAGCCCGGCACCAGGCAAUCUUUGGCAGCCAGACACUACCUAACUCCAGUUUAUGGACAAUAAAUAAUGGUGCGGGCUGCAGAAUUUCCAGUGCCACAGCUGGUGGCCAGAAACCAAACACCCUGCCACAAAAAGUGGUGCCACCUCCAAGUUCCUCCACCUUGGUCUCCAAGCCCCAAUCCAAUCACAAACAAGGGCUCAGAAAGGCAGCAUCCCAGAGGUCCAAAGGGUUCUCCGCAGAAGGGCAGCUGAACGGACUUCAGAACAGCCUUAGCCCUGCAGCCUUUAUGCCCAUCGCCAGCUCCACAGGAUCUUUGGAAGCUCCCCAAGUUAUUUUCGCCAGAUCCAAACCCUUACCCACACAGUCUGGAGCCUUUGCUACAGUUAUAGGACAGAGAAAAUCAAAGUCGGUGAAGUCAGGGACAAUUUAAGAACGGAAUGAGGAGAGAGACAGGAACACCAAAUCCAUGACUUGGUCAUCUACCAAAACGUACCGGAGAAACCGAAAACACCCAGAAUUGUAGUGCUGCUCAGCCAUUUGCACUUUCCCCCGACACAAAGCAGCCAGUCCCGUGAUGAACAGCGUGUAAAGUAUAGAAAACUUGAGCGAGGAGAUCAAGAUGUCCUUCGGUAGACUGGCAUCCAGGAGGGUGAAUGUGACAGCCAGCUCCAAACCAAACUGACGGCCUGCCAGAGAGUACUGGCGUCUCUGUUUCCAGGUCUGUGAGGCUUGGACCUGCCACAGCGUACCGCUUUCCUCAAGCCUGUCUCCUGGUGUCCCCAUGGGCCUCUCUGAUCAGUGCUCAGCCGUGUAGGCUUGUCAACAGAGCAGCUUUGAGAAGGUUCAUCUCCUCACCUGGAAUUCUGUACAAACACGGUCCUGCUAAACUUGAGCUCACCGUCUUCUGGAGACAGCAUGCCAAGGGUGCAUGGACGUGGGCCCAGAGUCAGUCACGGUCUCAGAAACCAGCCUCCUGUGAGCAGUAUGGCUCCAGCGAAGCAUCGCCAAGCAGGCCCACCAGCCUGUGUCUGCAGAAAUUCUUAAUUCAGUUCAUCUCGCCCAUCUGCAGUGGGUCCCUUCCUUGAACAGAGAAGUAGUUUACAUGGUGAGGAGACAGAAGAGUCUCAGAGGCCACAGCCCAUUCCAGCAGUGAUCUGUGAAACGGUGGUGAGCGAGGUCUCUGCACCCACAGUUCCUGCUGAGUGGCCUCGGCGGCCCUGACAGUCCCAGAAGCCUUCCCUAUGUGGGUUGGAGAGGCAGACGCGCUGGACUGAAAGACCUAUCUUUGCAAAACAUGUUGUACAAUGCUGAGGAAAUUCCUGAUGUCCUCUUCAAGGUAACUGUGCUGAGGGCAUCAGAGAGGAAAGCACAUCUAAGACCCCCUCUGUCCUGCCCUAGGCGAGUGUUACUUGCAGACAGAGAUAUUGCAGUAUUUGUUACCUUAGCUCCUGUCUGUUUUACCAGUAGACUAUAAAUAUAUACAUUGUGUUAACUGUAUUUUCUGUUCUCAGUGUUCUGAUAUUUGGGGUCCCUACAGACUAGGAAAGUGUCUGCCUCCAUCAGGGCUGUUCACCCCAUGUUGCCCCAGAACAAACAAGCCUUCUCUAAUCAACCAGUCCCAACAACUCGCUUUAUCAAGCUCUCCCACCCCAGUCCAGAGUGUUCCCCCUGCCCGGUCAUUUCUGAACCGGAUCCCAAGCAUCUAAUGAACCCCUCCAGAGUUCCAAGGCCCACUGGAAAUUAUUCAGAAGAGAGAAAGCAGCCUGUGUCCUUGACAGGUCUUCUCUUUGCCCAGGACACCAGUGAUUGCUCUCACUCCUGUCUGCCUCCUGACCAACACUGGUUAGUUUUCUGACCAGUGAUUGUAAUGUACACUGUUAGGCGCCUCUCUAGGAAGUAUAAUCUGUUCCUCCUCCCGAGCCUUUCCCCCACCCUCCUGAGGCUGCACUGACUUCUCAUACUAUAUCCAGCAUGCCCAUUCUUAGAGCAAACACCAGGAGUAAAAAGUUCAUUCAUUUGCAGCAUCAGGAAUCAACAAAAAGUCUUAAUUCUGCUCCUAUCACGCAGCUCCAAGCUGCUGUUAUCUCACUGCGUGAUAGGCCUCAUCACACAGUGGUACUUCAGCAGCAUGGUUUGCUAGCCAGAUCUGGCUGCAGGCUCCACAAAAGGAUGCAGGCUGUCCAUGGCUGACUGGCCUGGCUGACAGGAGUGAAACCCCAUGCAUCCCUGUCCUGAGGCCUCUUUUGUUGCAGUUCCUCUUUCUCCAUUGAGAAACACAACUCAAGGAUCGCUGAGGCACCUGGUUAGAAGUCGGAGAGGGGGCAGCAUGGUUCUCAGUUUGGGGAAGAGGGAGGGUACUUCUAUGGACUCACCCAAAGGGGGCGAGUCUGCUUGAAAGAAAGCCAAGAAACUCUUUUUCUGAAGUGGAUUAAGAAAUAAGCUACUGGGAAAGAUAACAUCUGAAAAUUGAUACUGUCUCUUGCGGAGCUGGCCAAAUCCCAAGAGAAGAGUGAUGCUUCUUCAACUGUUAACAAUUACUACCUUGUUAUGGAGACAAGGGAGGUCCAGUGGCCUCGUCUCCGACUGUAUUACUGAAGCACACACUGCUCUUGGAAAAAAUGCCUGGCACCCUGGAUCCUUAGACGUCGUGUACCCAUCAUUACAUUUUGUAGCAAGGUUGUGUGGCCCUGGGUAACCUCUGUUCAGUCUGGGUGGCAGAAGAUUCAGUUCCUUCUUGUAGCCCUGAACUGGGCAGGUAACCAGUAUAAAGCUGCCUUCCCUGUGAGUCUCUCCACAGGUCACUACUCCCUGUUAGCAGUCCAGCCCCCCGUCACACAGCAGUGAACCCACACAUCUUGCUACCAGUCUUAAUGGGAUGCUUGUUACAGCCGCAUACCUUUCCCAUCCUUGUGUCCUUAGGACAUAAUUGUUCCUAAAAGGUCUACAGAAAGAAAAUGGCAUGUUAAGCCAUGCCUGUCUUGGAAAAAGCAAGCUUUGCUCAUGGAAUAUUUACAACUGUGCUUACUUCAUCUGCAGAGUUGGAACUGGCUCCAGGGGGCGUAGGUAUUUAACUGCAGGGCUUAGGGAACGAUGAAGUAGAUUGCCCUGUUGACAGGAUUGCUGUUGAUGUUUAUCCUUUAGUCUUUCAACUUAGGUUGUAAAGAAAAGACUCAGGUCCCCCCAGUCCUCAGAGUGGAAAGCAUCACUAGUUAGACUGAAACAGCCAUCGCCUAGACGUCUGUUCUCAACUUCUGAGCGUGGGUAUCCCACUCACCUGCACAGCUAUCCAGGGCUCUCUGCUCUUAACCUAAUCCAGGUAAUUUAGUUACCUGAUGCCGGAGAGGAGCAGCGUGAAUGGGUGAAGUGUCCCUUUAGCUGCAUCAGUAAGACAUAACCUAUGACCCCAGCACAAAAUGGGGAUGUGAGUGGGAACGCCAGCCUGGUUCUUGGGUGAUGGGAAAAGUCAGCUGGUUGUAAGUCACCGCAAUGCUUUGAUGGACUAGUCUCUUGUUAGUGAGUAGAGGGUCUGCUCUUUUGUAUUUCUGCACUGAAAUAUUUGAGGUUUUAUAUCCCCCCCCCACACACACACACCUAUUUACUUGUAAUUGGCCAUGGACCUUCAAAUAGAUGACAAGCCCGAAUGUAGAUAUUUUGAAAUUUGGUAAGUUUUUUUGUUUUGUUUUGUUUUUUUGUAGUAGAACUAUAUUUUUUUGUAGUAUUGGAUGAUGAACCAUUCCAUGGUUUUAAGUAGAUGUCAUAAUAUGAAAUUUUCAAAACUGCUGCUCGUAGAAGAUUCUCCUCUGGCCUUUUCUAUCUGUUCACCUUCUUUCUGUUGUGUGUGUCUGACGGAUGAUUUACGCAGAGGAUCUGACUUGCCCUGGUAGGCUUCCGGUCACUGAGAAGGGAGACACCACAAGAUCUAAGGAGGUGGUUCAGCGGGUAAAACACUUCCUGGGCCAGCAUGAGGACCUGAGUUCUAGACCCAGAACCCAUGGAAAGCCAGGAAAGUGUAGUGUAUGUCUGUAAUGCCAGUGUUUCCACAGCAAGAGGGAGCUGGAAACAGAGCACUUCCGGAAGCUCGGAGAGCUAGCAAGCCGGCUAUGUGCGUCAGCCCACAACCAAGAGAAUCUUUCUCAAGCAAGAUGGAAUGCUUGUACUCAAACACAUGAGUACACACACAUCCUACAAACACACACCAUACACACCCAAUAGGAGAGAAGCCCCCUCUGUGGAGUGCACCUCUGUGAAGGGAAGUUGCUGUAUAUAAACAUGGAGAAGAGAUAGUCUUCUUAGGAGCCAGGCUCAUGAAAACUGGCCGCCUGACUGAAGAGUGAAGCAGGACUCUGUUAGCCUGUUCUCUGACCAGGUCAUAUGUCAGCUCUUCAGACACACACAUCUGCUGUUACCAGAUCCUCUGCAUAAAGAGAGGGUGAAUAUGUGCA